GCAGGCCUGAGCUGAAAAGAGGCCACCCAAAGCCGGGCUCAGCCAGCACGCACCAGCACCAAGCAGUCUCCCCUCUUCCCCCCAACGUACCAGGUGGGCCGACACCCAAAUCGCUCGCCCAACAAGCGCUUGUCCCGCCCGCCUUUCCCUCGCUGACUGCCUGUCCUGCCGCCAAAAAGCAAAAACCCAAAAGCCCACAUCGUCACCAAACUCUCUCCUGCUCCCUCCAACCAACCCCCCCAAAGGGCAGCUUUCGCCGUCCUCACCCUCUUGCUCGCCUUUUAUUAUCGCUCGACCAAUCUCUUGCCUGCAGACUAGAAUAUUCAUUCUGCGGCGGGAGAUUCUAUCCAACUGCGCUCCUUGGCCCGGCUCAGCACCGCUACGGCCUCGAUUCUUGCUCGUCUGCCUUGGAAGCGUCUGACCCCAGCACAAACGGCUGUCUGACCCCAACACGCCCUCGUAACAGCGCAUUGCUGUGUGGCAGAGGCUGCUUGACCUCAUUACUCGCUCUUACAGCCAUCCAUCACCGUGCCUGGGCUGUCAGCGCCAAACACCGCCGAAAUGGAGCAACCCGGUGUCUAUGGACACUCGCGGUCCCGAACCACGUCGUCCAAUGUCAUCCCUGGCCCACCGCUUGCUCAGCAACCCAUGAUGCCUCAGCAGUAUGCGCACCAGCGCCAGUAUCAGCACAUGCCUCAACAACAACAGCUGCAGCAGAACCAGCAGCAGCAACAGCACCAACAACAACAACCACAGCAAGGCAGCGCUCAGCAUUGGCGUAGAUCGCCGUCGAUCAACACAUUUAGCACGUCAUCUACCUUCCAACCACCAGCAGCCUACCGCAACUCGUCUUCGACCGAUCUGCGACGCUCCACCUCGAGCCGCUCUGUUAAUACAGCUUCGCAGGGCGCAAGCUAUGUCGCUCUUUUGCGCAAGCAAAAGGCCACCGUCUGGUGUGAGCGAGCCCAAUACGAAGACCCUCAUCUUCAAGACCAGCAGCGUUUAGCCAAGAUGCGUGCAAACCUUGAAAUGCAUUCUGGUUAUGGCAACGGCCGCACGAGGACCGGCCUCAGCGCUACAGGCAAGGUGGCGGCCAAGAUUCGACAUGGCAAAACGCCCAUGAUUGGAUAUGCCCCCGGAGAAACACAUGUCGGUGUCGGCGGUGUUCCUAAAAGACUUCUCGAAUCCGAUGGCGACCAAGAAAGUGACGAAGAAGACGACAGCACUUACAAACAUCAGCGACCACAGCAUAACCGUGCAGGAAGCAGUGGUAGAAGCAGCACAGGCAGCGGCCAGCGGGGGCUGACAUAUCGAACAUCAAGCGGGCCCAUUCCGCCCCAAGCAGCUCGUCAAAGCUCUGGCAGCACCCCCGAACGAACCGGAAGCUUAGCCAAGGACGCUGCGGCGGCAGCGACUAUGAGCGACAGUAUCAGCGGACGUGCGCCGAGCUCUGGGAGCGGCGGUAGUGCUGCUGAGCGACUUGAUAACUUGACCGAUCUCGGAAAGGCUCCCUCUGCUGCUGUCAACUCUAUGUUGAAUUCUGUCUUGACGCGCGAAAAAAGUGUCAAGACAGCAGACGAGCUUAAACGCCGUGGUAGCAUUGACGAACGCUCCGGAACACUGACGGGUGGCCGCCUGUUCAUUGCCAACCCUGAUUAAAUCUGCUCUAGAUGUACAAUCAACACAUGUUGGGACAGCAGGACUGGCCCAUAAUCGGGCGACAACACCACUCAUCCACUUGGCCGCUUGAGCUCAUGGUUCAGCAAGAGUAGAUGAGGGUUUAUAUUUUACAUUAUACUUUUGGCGUUAUGCGGGGAACAAACAUUACAGGGGUGGACACAAUCGUUUCAAAAAGACUUUUACUUCCAAAACGUUAUCUUCAUUCGUUUAUAGCACGAACACGGCGCGGAUUGCGCACAGCAAGGGAUCAUGACUAACCAGCAUCUGCAAAUGAGGAGGACAGAUAGCAACAGCGACAUACAUUCGUUUAAUAAUUGAUUAAGGAUUUACAUCUUUCUGCCUCGCGGUUUACACUGACAUCGUGGUAAUAUAUGGCAUCCUUGAAAAAAACCUUCAGCCCUAGGCUCGCGUGACCGACUGGCGCCUCUCGUAUUCUACUGGUUGCGCAUCACCGAGGGGCCUCCAAUCAGGCCGCUUAUGGACAGCCAUGUGGGAAGAUUCUGUGCUAUCAUACGAGUUGUUCCAAUUGAUAAUUGAUGACUCUAAUUCAUAUCAUGCGGCGAUUACUUAAACAAGCCAACGAUUUUGGCCUUCAAUGGCUGUCUAAUAGACGUCGAAUGCAGGCGCUCUGACGACAUCAUCGCAGGCAAACGCUGGCUGU